GCGAAGGGAGGAGAGUCCGAGUGGGUGGAGGGAGGGGAAGGGCGGGAGAAGAAAAAGGUGGGAGGAGAGCCAGGUGGGAGGGUGGCGACUCACUCAGGACCCAGUGGGGGCAGCGCGAUGAGGCGGGUGACCCUGUUCCUUAACGGCAGCCCCAAGAAUGGAAAGGUGGUUGCUGUAUAUGGAACUUUAUCUGAUUUGCUUUCUGUGGCCAGCAGUAAACUCGGCAUAAAAGCCACCAGUGUGUAUAAUGGGAAAGGUGGACUGAUCGAUGAUAUUGCUUUGAUCAGGGAUGAUGAUGUUUUGUUUGUGUGUGAAGGAGAACCAUUUAUUGAUCCUCAGACAGAUUCUAAACUACCUGAAGGGUUGUCAGGAUCUCACACAGACUGGCUAACCUUAAAUGUUGGAGGGCGGUACUUUACAACUACACGGAGCACUUUAGUGAAUAAAGAACCUGACAGUAUGCUGGCCCACAUGUUUAAGGAUAAAGGUGUCUGGGGAAAUAAGCAAGAUCAUAGAGGAGCUUUCUUAAUUGACCGGAGUCCUGAGUACUUUGAACCCAUUUUGAACUACUUGCGUCACGGACAGCUCAUUGUAAAUGAUGGCAUUAAUUUAUUGGGUGUGUUAGAAGAAGCCAGAUUUUUUGGUAUUGACUCACUGAUAGAACACCUGGAAGUGGCAAUUAAGAAUUCUCAACCACCAGAGGAUCAUUCGCCAAUAUCUCGAAAGGAAUUUGUCCGAUUUCUGCUAGCCACUCCAACCAAAUCAGAAUUGCGUUGCCAGGGUUUAAACUUCAGUGGUGCUGAUCUUUCUCGUUUGGACCUUCGAUACAUUAACUUCAAAAUGGCCAAUUUAAGCCGCUGCAAUCUUGCACAUGCUAAUCUCUGCUGUGCAAAUCUUGAACGAGCUGAUCUCUCCGGAUCAGUGCUUGACUGUGCAAAUCUCCAGGGAGUCAAGAUGCUUUGUUCUAAUGCAGAAGGAGCAUCCCUGAAACUGUGUAAUUUUGAAGAUCCUUCUGGUCUUAAAGCCAAUUUAGAAGGUGCUAAUCUGAAAGGUGUGGAUAUGGAAGGAAGUCAGAUGACAGGAAUUAACCUGAGAGUUGCUACCUUAAAAAAUGCCAAGUUGAAGAACUGUAACCUCAGAGGAGCAACUCUGGCAGGAACCGAUUUAGAGAAUUGUGAUCUGUCUGGCUGUGAUCUUCAAGAAGCCAACCUGAGAGGUUCCAACGUGAAGGGAGCUAUAUUUGAAGAGAUGCUGACACCACUGCACAUGUCACAAAGUGUCAGAUGAGAAUUUCAGGGCUGGAGGAAGAAGUCCAAGAUGCAAAAUGUUUUCCUUAUCACUUUUUUUUUUCUCCACCCACUCAGUUGUCUGGAAGAAAUAACACUGUAAGGGAAUUAAAAAAAAACAACAACAACAAAACAUUUAGAGGAUGAUGCUUGUUCUCAGCGGUGCAUAAAGGAAAAAAGUGACUUUUUUCCACAUUCUGAUUAAGCACUCAUGUAAUAGAUGUAGGGAAGCUAGAUUAGCUUGCUGCCUUUUGAGUGGAGGUAGGGGGAUCUGCCUGGCUUCAUGACCAGGAAUAGGAUCUGUUAUAUUUGCUUUUAAAUAGGCAUGAUGUGGAAAUACCAUCUUGGUUUGAAAUGUACUUGAGGAUUUUAAUUUAUGAAAAGCACAACAUAUGCAAUUAUAUUUAUUGAAUCUCUAGAUGCAGUGUGGAUAUUUAAAUUGUUAAACUUUAUGAAAAUUUUGCAGAGUUCAGGUUUAUUAAUAGCUUUAGUGAUGCACUCCCCAACUUUAAAUACCUGUCACGCCAUGUGAAUAUGGUGAGAUCAGAUUCUCCAAGGCUCUCUUUUCAGGUUCAUUUUUAUCAUGGUUAUUUUUUAGAACAAAGCAGUAGCUAAAUUAAAUCCUCGGUUCUUACUGAUUGAGACAGAGUGAAAGGAAAGACAUCAUUGUCAGCUCAAGUUAAGGUGGAACUCUCCAGAUGGACGAAGAAUUUGCCUAUUGCUACAGCUUUUAAAUGAGCAUCUUUAGAAUUUCAUUCGAAGCAAGUUCCACUCAAUGCCAGACCAGGCAAUUUUAUCAAUUUACACUACUAGCCUUGUCUCCUCCUGUACGGUGAAGACAAGUAUAGGAAGAUAUGUCAAAACCAAAAAACCAAGGUGCAUUAUUAAUAUUAAUUUAAUCCAAAUGCCAAAUGGUUUAAACAGGGCCAGCUUAGAAAUAGGUAUUAAUAAAUCCCAGUCCACUGCAAUUCAAGCUAUAAGAUAUGAAUGAAUUUGGCAAUCAUCUUGACAUCAGCAUAACUGCAGCUAAAACCCUACAUUGGGGAAUGAGGGGAUUUUAAACUGACAGUUUGAUUAUAGCCACCAAAAAAUUGAAAUAAGAAUAAAGGCAUUUGGCUGGUCCAAGAUGUAAUACCAAUCAGUCAGCACCUGUUGGUAUUUGACUUCUGUUUUCUGGUUUUCGUUUAAAUAAAUUCUAGCCUGAUUUUCUUGAGUCCUCAUCUCUGCAGUAGCAGAGACAGGGCCUGUACUCCCUUACUAGUAACCCGUGUCCUUACGUCUACCCCAAGAGCAGGGAUAUAAGCUGUGUCCAAAUAGGUUCUGAAUUCUACAGACUCAUCAGUUUG